GGUCCUGGAUACACAGCUGAGACUGGGUGUGUUCUGUGAUGUAUGGAAAUACAACAAAACACUGCCGCGUCUAGUACCGCUCCAACUCUUGUAGCGAGGGAAAAUAAGUUUACAGUUUGUUUUUGGGUUGUGUCGUUGUUCUGCUAAAACUCAGAUCCUCGUUUUGUAAGUGAUACAGUAUCUCGGGUUGGAUAGUAAGCAGCGGGGACAGCUACGGUGGGUUUGCCAGACACGCGUACAGCCUGCAGAGGAUGCUCGCAUUGAUUUGGAAAUGAGUGUACAGGUGAACUUAAAGAAAAUUCCUUCCCACUUAAUGGAGUCUGCAUACAAGAACACCAACCACCAGAGGUGCCCCAGGUCUUCAGAAAACAUGCUAACUCCAAUCAGCUUUCCUAAAACGAAAAUUGCAUUAUGGGAUCCAUCACCAGUUGGAGAUGUGAUCAGUCUGCACCUAUCUUACUACAGAAACCCAAGGUUGCUGGUUAUGGAGAAAACCCUGCGAUUAGCCCAUCGCCAUGCCCGCCAAAGUAACAGAAAUGACUUCUUCUGUUUCUUCCUGGGCUCAAUGGAGGUGGAUGAUGAUGAGGAAGGCGUCACGUUGACAGUGGAUCGGUUUGACCCAGGGCGUGAGAUGCCUGGAUCGCCAGGGAAGGUGCCCACAGCCCUGCUUCCUGGAGAUUUCCUGAUUCCCUGCAGUGUCAGCACACAGGACCCUGCUUCUGGAGACACUAUAGUGCACUCUGCAGAAGACUUCCUCAUUGCAUUCAAGAUUCUUCAGCAACGCUGUUGCAGUAAAGAAACACUGGACCCUUCUAAGCUCCUGAUUAUGAGAGCACGACUGAUCUGUGCAGAGCACAUGGAUAACCUCAACUUCAGCCUUCACUGGGCAGCUGUUACAAUAGCCAACACUCUGGACGCCACGCCAGUCAAACCAGUUCCUAUUAUCCCUACCGCACUGGCAAGGAACCUGACCAGCCCCAUAAACAUCGCACAGGUUCAGGGAGUGUGUAAAUUUGGAUUCCUCACCAUGGACCAAACCCGUAAACUGCUCCUGGUGCUUGAAUCAGACCCAAAAGCUUAUACUUUGCCUCUUGUUGGGAUAUGGCUAAGUGGGAUUACCCAUAUCCACAGUCCUCAGGUCUGGGCUUGUUGCCUGCGAUACCUGUUCAGCUCAUCUCUUCAGGACAGGGUUGUGAGCGAGGGUGGCGGUUUCCUCAUUGUUCUGUACUCCCUCACACACAAGGAGCCAGAGUUCUAUGAGUGUCGUCUCUGCACUGGACAGCAGGAGCUGGGGUUUCAACUGCUAACCAGCACAGAAUCUCUCAACCUUCUUAAAACUGUGAAUCCAUCAGACCGACAGCCGAUCCUGUUUGAACUUAGUGCAGAAAGCCAGAACCAGGAGACUGACUUUUUUAAGGAGGUGUCGGCCCGCGUGUCUUUCACCAGUUCUCGGGUGAACUCUCCUCCUAACAAGCUGCCUGUGAGUGACCACGACUCAGGUGUGGAGGAUGAGGACUUCUCUCCCAGACCGUCCCCCAGCCCACACCCUGUCAGCCAGCAGCUACGUCGCAUUCAUCCCUCGGUGCCGGAGCUCUCUAUUGUCUUUGAUGGCAGCUUCGUAGACUCCAAUAAAGCUGCUCAGGGUCUGCAAGGUUUUGGAAUCAGACCUUCUCCAGCUUCAGCUCCUCAACAACACAUGAGAAGUACCGGGCCUAUUCAAGAACUGCACCCGGAGGCAAGACAGUCCAGUCUUGGAUCCUGCUCUGGGUCAUUUCCAGUAAGGCGCCUUUUAGCUCCUGCAAACCAGCCAAUGAAGGUCUGCAAAGGCAGAGUGAGUCCUGCUCAGCACCAGCCUGUUAAUUGGAAGGGAGGUCCUCCACUAAGGAAGAGUUCUGGAUCCUCGGCUUCGUCAACAUCGUCCGCAUCCUCCUCCUCCUCCUCGUCCUCCUCAUCAACUCCACAGAGUGGACCAUCGCCCAACACCUCCAUUCAUCAGCCUAAAGGGCACCUGCCUUCUGCCAGCAAGAGGGGCAUUUCCGCAGCUGGCAGACCGGGAGCCCCUGGCACUCAAAGACCUCCCUCCCCUGGAAAUCCACCAGCUAGACGUGGCCUGCCGCACAGUGCACAAACACCAGCCCGGUCGUCUAACUUCAACAUGCCCUUUUCUCCGCCUCAUGGUCCAAACCAGCACCCUGCUAGCUUCUGCAGCUGUUGUCAGCAUCACGGUCGUGUGCCAUUUUAUCCGGUAAACUCGUGGCAAGGCGUUCCCAACUUUGCAUCCAGCGGUAGCCCUGUUUACUGCCCAUCAGAUGCCCUGGCUCAUGACUGCAGUUUUCCUCCCAUCCACCAGGGCAUGAGCUGCCAAUCCAAUGGUCACUGCAGCCCAAUGUGUCAAACAAACAGUUCUGCUACUCAGGCUUCACAUGGGGGCACAGGCUCUUCUGCACAUGAUAAUAGUGUUCUUCCGCAGAAUACCCAGCCUAUCUCCCAGCCCCCUGCUGAGAUCGGACUAAUGCGGUUACCUCCUGAUGCUUACAAGAUUCUUGUGGAGCAGGACAAGCAAUUGAAAGUGCUCCAAGCCCAGAUCCAAAAACUGUUGGAGGCUCAGAGUAACCCACCUUGCUCUCAGAUGUCCCCUCCACAGUCAGAGAAGCAGGUGGAGUCUGUUGCCAUGGAAAUGCAGACUGCUGUGGGCGUGCAGGUGAAGAAGAGUGUCAGCAUUGCUGUGAGCACAGGUGCAAGCUUGUUUUGGAGCCCGAAUGCGGUUCAGGAGGAGGUGGUGAUGCUAGAGUCCCAGAAUGAGGAAAUGGGCAUCUCUCUCACUACCGGAGACACCACUCGCGACAGCAUGGCUUCCUCAUUGAAGGCUGUCGAUAUCCAUAGCUUUGCAGAGAGCACCCAGGUCACAGCAGAGGAGUCUUUUGUGUCAAAUACAGUCAGUUCUUCAUCUCAAUUUUGGAAUGAGCGGGGGCCCCAGGUAACAUUCCAAAGUCCUGAACUUGGGGAGAGUGUCAGCAUGUGCAUCCAGUCAUCACCAGUAGAGGGGGCAAAAAAACAGGAAAAUGAUAAAGUGAAUUAUCAGCCAAACAGUGAACAGAAUGAGCAGAAAUUUUAUCAGGACUUGCUGGGCCAGGUGAACAGCCGCUUGCAGGCCUCUUCAUCUGGAGACGAAGAGGAGCCGGGGCAGAGACAAGCCAUGCACUCCGGGACAGGGGCCAUGGAUUCAUCUCCUGUGUUCCAAAGCAGCAGCUGGAAAAAGCAGUCAGCCCCUAGCAAGUGCGACAAGGACAUGGUCCGGAAUGCCACCCUGAAACAGCUGGAACACCUGGGAGUGAAGGUUGACCUGGACUGCUGGGUGAAAGGCAAUAAAACUAAGGCCAAGGUGGAGAGUGCCAGCACGCUGGCUUGUAUAUACCCCCAGGCAGUCCUCCCCAGGCUGAAUUACGUGUCCUUUGGGAACACGGCUAUGAGUGGCUUCGGCCCCAGCGGUGUGGACCUCAGCCUGGAAGCCAACGCCAUAGCCCUAAAGUACCUGAACGACUCGCAGCUAUCCCAGCUCUCCGUGAGCAGAGAGGGGCGCCAAACCGGUCAAGAAGAGUCCCAGUCCCUCAGCAUCAUCCUGCAGCACAACACCACCACAGAGAAGACCAUGAUGGGCAUGAGCUUGAUGUCUCCCAAUAAUAUGUCAUUCGCUACCAGGAAAUACAUGAAGAGGUAUGGGCUCAUUGAGUGCGAGGAUAGCAGUGAGGAGGAUGAGGAGGCCAAUGAGAGCCAGAUUGAGACCACCGUGAUGUCUGUGUCUGACAGCUACAGGAAGGACUACGUUGAAAGGGGCAGUGAAAGACAGAAAGAGUUGCUCCAGCUGCAGCCGCUCCGGAAUAGUGGUGAAAGGGUGUGCAACGACUGGGAAAGGAACAUCUUGAAAAACAUUACCAAUGAGAUUCCCUCCCAGCAGCAGCAGCUGUCCGACCAGGAUUCCCAGCAAAUGCUCGGGGACUUGAAACCCAAAAUGAAGCUCUUGACAGGGGUUACGUACAUCCCUCAGAACCCUGACAAGGAAAACAGCAUGCAGUUUUUCCCUGACAAGCUCCUGCAUGGCUCCCCUGUAACACAGAAGCAUAUGGAGAGCCAGGGAUCUGUGGGGAACUUUUUAGAUGUCAACAGGCUGCGGCAGCUUCCCAAACUCUUCUGAGUUUUAUAAAUGGGGAGGACUAUAAAGACUUCUAUUAUAUCUGGAUUAAACCAGGCUGGCAGCUUUUUAGGAAUAAUGUUUACGAAACUUUUGUGUCAAAAGGAUUGUUACAAUGACAUUUUUGUCAGAAACCUUUAUUUAUCACUUACUUGAAUUAUCCCAUUGUAUCUGUCCAACGCAAAUAGUAUCUCCCAUGUUUUAACCAAUCCUUCAAAAAUGUUUUCAUUUUUCUAAGAAAAUAUGAUUAACUUCAGUAAGGAUUCCUAGAGUUGACACAAUCUCUGUUUCUCAAAGUUUCAUUCGCCCUUUCAUAUAUAUUGACAAUAUGUGGCUACAAAAAAGAAGACACACUUUUACCUUGUUGAAAACUGAUGGGAGUAGUUGUUCUCUCUUCAUAUUAUGGUUAUACAAUACCUUUUUAGAAACCAAAAAAAAAAAAAGCAUAAAUGCUAAAUAUACAUAAGUAGCCUUGAAUUUGGUUGAAAUUUAAGCUUUUGAACUUGCCUUAAAGUAUCUAACAUACACAUUCUGUACUUGGCAUUCUAAUAGAUACAUUAUUGCUGUGUCAAAUCUGCCUUGGUAUUUUUAUGUGCUAAAAAUUACUACCUUGAAAAACUAAUCGUGAUUCAAAAUUUGCCCUGUAGAUUUUUCCCAGGCUGUUGAUUCUCCUGUUACUUAAUGUUUUGAGAACAUACACACUUUCAAUAAGAAAAUAAUAUUCAUAAUAACUAUCCCACUGGGAAUAUCAAUUUUGCAAUCUGAUCGUGACUUUAAGAUUAGAAUCAAUUUAACGGUUUGGGGUAAAGUUGUUAUUUAGGAUUAGGUUUGUGUGGAUGCAUCUGAAGGCAUCUGUUCCAGACAAAACAAACAUGCAUUUAUUUCCCUACAGACUUCUUUGGAGUUGUUUACUGCACUUAAUAUGACUUGCAUGUCUUAAUUUGUUUGACAGCUCCCUCUUAUAUAUAUAUUAGAGUAACUUGACCUAUUUCCCUGAAUGAAUGAUGCUGUGGAUUACAAACUCUGGUUCUCUCAUUCCUGUAGCAACAGUACUGUUUAUACAAGCCAAGCCCUACUAAUUUGAAAUGUAUGCAUGCUGAAUUAUUGGUCCAGUCCUCUGAAAUGUGCCUUUAAUAUCUGUUCCAUACUAUGUGUGUGGGGGGGUUUUAGUGUGAUGUGUGUUUCUUGAUUUCCACUUUUAGAACUGUUUGCAGCCCACAGAGGUUUGCUUUUAUAAGACCCUCC